UUCACUCACUAAUUAAAGACUCACCUGCUGUGUCUUUCUCGUCUUCUGCUUCCUUGCCAUCUUCUUCUUCAAUUUAUACAUUAAUUUAUUUUCCCAAAUUCCAAUCUAGCCCAUUAAACGCGCGCCUCCCGGAUUCCAUUGUUCGUCUUCCUUAACUCUAGACUUCAGAUCAGAGAAAUCAUGGCCGGCAAGCUGCUGCCCAGGUUCUUACUUUUUCUCUCGCUGACGCGGUUGGCAUCACCCGACAAGUUCACCGUGGGCGACAGCCAAGCAUGGAACUACAACGUCAAUUACACCGACUGGGUGGAUAAGCACAAGCCCUUCCAUGUCGGCGACUGGCUCGUCUUCUACUACCAGUCGGGGAUGGCGGACGUGAUCCAGGUUGACGAGGCCGCGUACAACAAGUGCGACGCCUCCAACCCCAUCUCCAACUACAGCAAAGGCCGGAGCUAUGCCUUCCAGCUUAACCACACCGGUCCUUACUACUUCAUCUGCAGCCGAGGCUUCUGCUACGGCGGCAUGCGCCUCGCCAUCGUCGCCGAGCCUCUCCCCCCACCCUCCUCGCCGCCCACUUCACAGCACCUAUCCGCCGGACCCAGAAGUUCCCACGCAGGAGCAUACCCUCUCCUCUCCGUCGCCGUCGCCGUCGUCGCCACCUCCUUUCUCUUUCUCCCAUGACGCCCUUGCUUGUCACCAAAGUUGACUUCAUGAGCAUUUUUCAUUUUAGAGCUUGUUUAUUUAUUUUCUGUUAUUCUGCUGGAGUUUUUUUAUGAAAGAGAUAGACAUCACAAUUGUGCUCAUUUUGCUAAUUUUACAUGCUAUUGCAAAGUCA